CCAUCAGGCGAGGCCAUGGGUCUCCUCAAGCAGCUGAGAGAGUCAUGGAGGGCUCUCGUGGUGAUCCUCACUCCUGUAGUCCUGUCUCCCCUGGUGAUACCCGGAGACCAGGCGUCAUCGGAGUCCAAGUGUGCCUAUAUGCUGAUCAUCGUCUCCAUCUACUGGAUCACCGAGUCACUUCCCCUGCCUGUGACGGCUCUUCUGCCUGUGGCCUUAUGUCCCUUGCUAGGUAUCAUGUCCUCCAAGACAGCCUGCAAGUUUAUCUUUGCCGUGUCCGGUCUGUCAAGGGUCAUCUCCAACAACCUGUCCUUCCUACAGUCCAUCCCGACCUGGGGGGCCGCCAUUUUGGUAUCUGCGAUGACGUCAUUGGCCACUGAAGUGACGAGCAACUCGGUCAUCUGUAUACUGAACGCUCAGAUCAUCAAGUGGUAG